CUCCCUUUAAUUAUUAGGCUUCUCACCUCUCUAUAACCAGGAUUUUUUGGCUGGAUCACGACGUCCCUCCACCAAAUACCGGUUCGGUAGCUAAUUACUGGCACCUUUGCAACCCAAGAUAAAACUAUCUACCUGGGUCGCUACUAGGUACUAUCAAGAACGAACCAUCCAAGAACUUCCUAGAUCUGAUCGGUAUUAUGAGGGCCAGCGCUACCGUGUCCUUUUUUAUCGUCGCCUCGAUAAUUAUGGGCUUCGCAGCAGGCGGAUGCGUCUAUUUCGCCGUAUUCAUCAAUAAUGAGUUGCAUCCAUACUUCGACCGGCACAAUAUGGGGUUGUACUCAAGCCAAGUCCACGAAACUUUUAUCUAUCUUAUUAUCUCGGCUGUGUUGCUUUGGCUUAUGGAUCUGGGACUGCUCUUGAAAGUAAUCUUCGACGACUUUCAUCUUGGUUGCUCUCGAUUCCUCUUAGUAGCUGGCGAGUUCGUAGUUGCAUGUUUGGCGGCGAUGUCAAUGAAGAAUGGGUGGGGUUGGUGGGCGUACUUCGAUGCGGCAGAAGGUCUUGACCACUUGACGAAAAUAUGCCAUUGGCUAGCUGGCAUAUGCACAGCAAAUAUGGUGGUAAUGAUCCUCUUGGCAGGGGUCGUCCUUUUGGGAGUCAACCAUAACUAGCUGGAAAUGCUCAUGGGUUGAUUUGGAACUAUAGAAUUGUCGACUGGGUUCACUAAGUUCUCGGGAGUAUGUUGGGAUGAGGCAGAGAUAUUGUUCCUUGCUCCUGGAAGAAUCGUGUUAUCACUCAUUAACCAGAUUAACUAAGGAUACCAAUGUCUAAGGACCGACCGAAUUAGACUGGCACUUCGACUACAGACUAUACUGUUCCAUGUUUGUAGAGUAUGCCUUGAUUAAUGAUGUUAGAU